AUGUAUAUCAGCUUCCUCUGCCUGGUGUUUGUCGAUUUCGAAAAGGCCUUCGAUCAAGUCUACAUCUCUUCUUUACUGGAUUCCUUGAAGAGCCAGGGAAUCGAGAAUAGAAGCAUUCUCCUCAUCGCCGAAAUUUUCAAGACUGCUAUUGCUAGUAUGAUGCUCUACAAGGGUAAAACCGAGGUGAUAAUCGACAAAAUUGUUCGGCAGCUAUGCGCAGUAUCACCGAAGGCAUUCGCAGCAGCUCUAGGCGAGGUGUUCAGGGCACUUCGUUAA